CUUUCUUGUUCAGUUGUGGGGGUUUAGGGUUUCUGAAUCAUAUUCACUGCCACGGUGAAAUGUAUUUCUUCUUGAUUUGAGUAUUUCCAGAAGAUUGGAAAGACCUAGUUUGGUUUCAUUUACAUCUCUGAUUUCUCGCUAAGCGUCAUCCAGAAGGGGACAGUUUUCUCAGCUAAGGAUAUCCAAAUGGAUUCGGGUACAGUUCAGCAGUCUGAAUUGUUGUCUGCGAAAAAGGAAUCUAUGGACAUCGAUAUUCCUGAUGAAAGUAAUGGAAGCACUGCUGGGAUAAAGGAAAAUGGAUUUCAUCUUUAUCCUGUUCCUAGUAAUGAUAAAGGUGAAGGUUUGCCCUAUGCACCUAUAGAUUUUCCUAAUCCUGGUGAUAAUUGGAUCUGGAAGGUGGGGAAGAGAAUUGCAGCUUCUGGAUAUCAUAUGGAUAGAUACUUGUAUCUUCCUCUCCGUCUUCAUGAAAGCUGCAGUGGACGUAGGAAAAACGGAUUUGCAAGCAAGCUAUCAGUGGAACAGUAUAUCCGGACAGUAUUCCCUGGUACAAAUGUUGAUGCAUUUUUUGCCUCCUUCAGUUGGAAGAUUCCCUCAAGAAAGCUAUAUGAGAAAGGAGGUCAGAAGCUCAACCUCUGUGUAGGUAAUGCAGAAGGGCUUGCAAUUGGCUUUGUUCCUUCCAGGGAUAUAAUGGACCAUUCAGGGCCUGAUUCCCAAUUUGGGACUGCAGGAUGUAAGGCUGGUAACAAAAUGUGUAACAGUUUAGAAGAAGCUAGGAAUCCCUCUCUUGAAGCCAUGUUGUGCGACGUCUGCUGCAGUGAGCCUGGUUUCUGUCGAGACUGUUGUUGUAUUCUUUGUUGUAAGACUAUAAGUUUGGCCUAUGGAGGCUAUAGUUUCAUUAGAUGUGAAGCACCUGUAGCUGGGGGCUUUAUUUGUGGACACCUUGCCCACAUAGACUGUGGUCUCCGAUCUUAUAUGGCUGGGACUGUAGGAGGAAGCAUUGGUUUGGAUGCUGAGUAUUAUUGUCGGCGUUGUGAUACAAAAACAGAUUUGGUUUCACAUGGUAUGAAGCUUUUAAAGACCUGUGAAUCUAUUGAUUCUCGGGAAAACAUUGAGAACAUUUUGAAUGUUGGUAUUUGCAUUUUGCGUGGCUCACAAAAAACAAGUGCAAAGAGGUUGAUGUCUCAUAUUGAAAUGGCCAUGGCAAAGGUAAGUGUACACAUGUUAGUUUCUUUUUUUUUGAAGAAGUUUGUCCUUGUUUCUAGGGUUUCUAUAUUGGCAACAUGA